AUGUGUAAUAUCAACGACCCUCGCAUACUGAAUGCUUAUAUAGCCAUCACUGAAGAAGAGCCUACAGAUUGGCUGAUUCUUGGAUACAGAGACACUAGAGACGUUAUCUCUUUAUACGCCAGUGGUGUUCAUGGCCUUAGUGAAUUUCGAGACAAUUUGACAAAUGAGAUCUUAUUUGGAUUUGUCCGAGUGGAGGAUAAAUUCAUCCUGAUCACCUAUGUGCCUGAUAGUGUUAGUGGUGUAAGAAGAGCUCGAGCACUUGUCCAUAGUCGAGCUGUAGCUGGCGUAUUAGAACUCUCGCAUGCUCAAUUUACAGCAUCUAGUCUAUCGGAUUUGAGUGAUACCAAUGUACGGACUAGACUUAAAUUAGGUCAAAAUCAAGUGCCUAAUAGACCUCGGUCGGUAACUAAACGAGCAUCAUUCGUUGUUCAGCAAAGGCGACGUAGAUCUGGCACAUACUCACCAUCACCCACCACGCCAACACCAUCAUCACCUUCUCCGAUAUCCGAGAGGAACUUGAAGCUUCAUUUAAACACCACAGAAGAACCUUAUUCGUUUUACGAGGAUAGUUCCGAACGCAUGACAGCAACACCCACUCCCUCUACGCCCACAUCUGUUGCCUCGUCGUCGUAUAACAAUAGCGAAUCGCCGUACUUUGCUGUAGCAGCAGACAAUAACACGAGCUUCAACUCCGUCGUCGAUGAGCAAGAGCGCAAGAGAUUGCAAGAUCAUACAGAAGCCAUGCUUCAAUUCCAGCUAUCGAAGAAGAAAGAGUUGGAAGAAGCGAGAUUUCGUCAAUUUCAAAGAGAUCAGCAAGAGGAACGAUUCAAGCGAGAGCAAUCUAUCAAGCGCAUCGAAGAAGAAGAAAAGCGACAAUCGCUACUGCAGCAACAAAAGGCUACAAAACAGAAAGAGCUGCCCAAAUGGCAGCAAGAGCUAAUACAGCGCAAACUGAAGAAGCAGCAAGAGCAGCAGCAAGCCGCAAAAGAUCAGCCAUCAACGACUACUGUAGAGCUAAAGCCAACACAGCCAAAUGAAUACACUUUAAAGCCAUUGCAGCAACUGCAAACGCCAAUGCUUUCCAAAAUACAGAUUCCUGAACGAUCAGUUAGCCCUGGUCCUCAAACACCAUUACAGAUGGUGCAGCUCAAAUCAACACCUAGAUCCGCGACAAUGCCAGUGGAGCCUAGAAAACGAGAGUCUAUACUGUUGAAGCAGAAAAGCGUACAUGAUCUUCAGACCAAGAAACCAGAAGAUAUUAUACCACCAUCUCCUGCCAUUGCCAUGCUUGUAGAAGAGCCUACUACUGUCAAAACUGCUCCUGUUGCUGCUGCUGCUGAGCCAGUGAUAGUUGCAUCACCUGACGUAAUCAAGGAGGUCAAGGUUCCUUCCGAAUCAGCGACCACACUGAUGACAGGCUUCAUUUCCGUGCAAACAAAUGUCAGCCCAUUUUGGAAGCGCCGUUACUUUGUUAUCAACAACCAAGCGUUUUUGCUCUACAAGGAUGAAAUGUGCAAAGGCGCUAUGUCGACUGUCAAUUAUAGCCAUGAUGUGAAGCGCAUUGCUCCUGCCGACGAAGAUGAAGAUACAUUUGUACCCAAUUCUUACAUGAUCUACACCAAUCAAGGCGAUUCAUAUCAACUAUUGGCUGACGACAAAAAGUUUGGCAAGCAAAUCUAUGCUACUUUGAAGCAACAACUUGUCUAA